UCUUCUUCUUCUUCUUCGGUCGAAGUUCAUCAGAAAUUCACAUUAACAAUGGUACUUGAAGCUCAUCAGCUUUUUCUUCCAAAACCCCCUUUCUUUUCUCCUUCUUUCCCUUCUCCACCACCACACUUUUCUUCUUUCCUCUUUGAACCUUCUUCUCUCUCUUUAGCUCUCUUCCAUUCCGAUUCUUCUAUAUCUCUCUACCCUUCUUUCUCUCCUUUCUCUAUCUCUUCCUUUCCUCCUCCUCAAACCACCCUCCCUCUGCCCAUAUCCGCCGCAGCCUUCCUCCUUUUACGGAACCCUAAUCCUAAUACCCUCUUUCUCAUAUCCUCUCCUAUUUCUGGAGGCUCCGCGCUUCUCCUUCGUUUCUAUAUCCUUAAUUCUAAGAGGAAGUCUUUUACUCCGGCGAAAGUUGUAUGCAAUCACACUGAUUUGAAGUUUGAUGAGAGUAAAUUCGGGGUGAUUUUUGGGGUUUCUCAUGGGGUUUCGGUGAAAUUGGCUGCGGAUGUUAAUGUAUUUGCUUUGUACUCUAUUUCGAAUGGUAAGAUUUGGGUUUUUGCUGUGAAGCACCUGGGGGGUGAGGAACUGAAAUUAAUCAAGUGUGCUGUGAUUGAUUGUUCUCUGUCGGUGUUUUCUAUGAGUGUUUCUUUUGGGUUCCUGAUUUUGGGGGAAGAUAAUGGGGUCAGGGUAUUCCCCUUGCGGCCAUUGGUCAAAGGAAGAGUUAAGAAAGACAAGGGUGCGUCUAAGAAAAGUUUGAAUGCUGGGUUAGAAAAAGAUAAGAUGGAGAUAAAGAAGCUACCUAUACGAAAUGGGAUGAUUCAUGGUAUUAAUGCUGAGAUUUGUUCUGCUGUUGGUAGCAAAUUGACGUGCGUGGAAACAGAACUGAAGUUUCCUUCCAAUGGUGUAUUGGACAAAAGGAUCGAGAACCGCACUGAAUCAGCAAAGUUAAGGUCUGUAAGACUCAGACAAGAUUCCAGAGAGGGGAUUGCAAACUUCGUGGCAUUCAAGAACAAGGAUGAUAAUUUUGAGUCUAUCAAGAUACCGGCUAAGUCAGCAAAAGCAAUUGGAAUCCAGGCCUUAUCUUCAACCAAGGUUCUGAUCUUGGAUUCCGAAGGAAAUAUUCACCUCUUGUUCCUUGCAACUUAUGUCCAUGGAUCAGAGACUCCUUAUCACAUGAAACAAUUAACUCACAACAUCAAAGUUCGAAAACUCGCUGUUCUUCCGGAUUCUUCUACAAGAUCACAAACUGUUUGGAUAUCAGAUGCACUUCAUACUGUACACAUGAUUGUGGUGACUGACAUGGAUGCCUCUGUCAAUCAAACUGACAGCAAAGACUCUGCAGAGAAGCUUGUACAAACUUCAGUUGUGCAAGCAAUAUUUUCUAGGGAAAAGGUCCAAGAAAUUGCAGCUUUGUCUGCAAAUACAAUAUUGCUUCUUGGACAAGGAAGCAUGUUUGCAUAUGCAAUUUCCUAGAGAUGCUGAGUGUUUUUUUUUUGUGGUAAUUCAUGUUUCACAUUUGGAUAGACAAGUUAUGCCAAUUGGGUGGUUUUGCUGGGGUACUCUUGUGGGAGGAGUAAGUAUUUCUUUGAGCUGUAGUUGUCAAUAUCUAUCAAGUGGUUCAUAUCAAGUGAAGGAGGCUGAGCUCUUGGAUGAAGCUAUUGGAGGAUCUGACUAGUGGCUGUUGGACAAGGUCAACUCUUUCAGCAAUUGAUGCCCGCUGUGCUGCAUGGCUUCCAUUACAGCAGAGAUCAAAGUGCAUUGUAAUCAUUGAAGCCACGUGUUUGAUGAUACAAUUGUUGCAUGUGUUCCAGGUCGUUGCUGCUGGAAUUCUCAACAUUGAUGGGGUAUGAGACCAAACAUCUAUGUUAAGAUAUGUGGUAAGAGGGCUUCUGCCAUUAUAUUGGUCUACUAUUGGCUUAUUUUUGGGAAUUUAGCUUGUGUCUGUUGUAAUAAGCUUGCUAGAAAUUAUUAUGCUAUGUUGGAGAUGAGGUUAUGGUUUUCUGAUACCUAGAGCUUUGAACUUAAGGUGUCAUACUCCGUGAGAUUAUCCUCCUCGUUUUUCCCAGACCAUAGAUUAUGGAAUAAAUAGUCUUUAGCCUUUUCACAAUUGAUUGUAGUCGAAAAUCAUCUCAAGGAUAUUAAGUCGGUGCGCAACUAUUUACUGCUUUAUCUUUCUCUGAUGUAGAACUCAACUUGGUGACUUAAGUUGAAUAUAAGAUUUUGUUUUCACCA